GUCUACUCUUGUGGUCUACUGUGAACUGUGUAAGCCGCCGCAAGGUUGGUAAGCCGCCAUUUCCCGAGAGCUGUGCGCGAAGGCAGCGGCAGCAAUUAGAUCUAAACCUAGAUCUAGAUCUAGAUCUAGAUCUAGAUUGUUUUACACAGAUAAUCCAACCCAAAACUUUGAACCAUUCAAAAGUUUGACAGUCUCAAUUAUUUUGAAACUCCGAGCAAAGGAUUUGUGUCUAUUCUGUGAGCAACCAUGGAGCGCUUCUUCAGAAAACGGGUGCACCAACAGCCUUCAUCCAGCGAAAUGUCCGACUGCAACUCCAAGAAGAUUAAGACCUGUAGUGUGGAUGGAACACACGAGGUGGAAGAGGAUUGUGCUGAACUCGGUGGCCCCCUCUCUUCUUCCAGUAAGUGUUGGAAGAACCCAGGCCAUCCCCAGUUCAUACCCGUCUACGAGUUUAGUGAGCACCAUGUGAGCUCAUGGAUGCCUGAUGUAGAGCCGCAGAUUGCCAACCAGAUAGUGAAGUGUGUCAAGGUGUGUGCAGAUACAGUGGUCAGGAUCGGAACACGCUUUAUCAGUAAACAGCGGCCAGACACCUGGGCAAACGGCAAUCCUUACCCGUUUUAUAAGAGAAGAGGUCAACGCAUCUGUCAUAGCGGCAGCGGCUACGUGGAGGGAGUGCACGGUCCCUAUGCUGGACUUGAUAAUGCGAAACUCUGUAAGUGUGGGGGGAAGUGUCCACAGGGGACGGCUCAGGAAAAAAAGUACUGGCAAAUUAUUAUUGCCACUGCCCGUCACGUGGUUUAUGACGACACGGAGGCCAGAGAAUGCGAAGUAGUGUUCUUUGAUGAUCGAGCUGACGGUAGCGGCAGUAUGACAGUGGCUGGGGGCUGGGGUGUUAAGGAUGCCCACACGGAGGAGGAUAGAUGUGUAGUGGAGGUGUACACCCAUGACAAAGUCCUGGCCCAGAGACUGGUGGGCUGCUGUCUGAGGCGGAGGGAGGAACGGAGGAACAUGUUGUUGGGUGACUUUGACAUAAAAUUACGUAAGGUUUUUCAGAGUACCAAUAACAAUAGUUUGCAUCCUCUGUUAGAAAGGGGACUGUCGCUUUUGGAGAAAAAGUUGGAGAAUGAGAGGUCACAAAAGCUUUUGCGGGAUAAGAGGUUACACCAGUUGCCGCGGGAUAGCAGGUUCCGACAGUUAUUGUGUCAAGGCACUUUUCGACAGAUGUUGUGGAGUGACGGUUUUCGAGAGCUUGUGCACAAUGACAAAAUUCGACCAUUGUUUUGGAAUGACAAUUUUAAACCACUUUCGUCUCGAGUGCCGUUAACUAAGAUAUUGCAGAUCUGGAUAUUCCAUACGGCCAUGCGAAAAGAUGACAUUUCACGACAGUUGUUGCAGGAUGGCAGGUUACGUCGGUUGUUGCAGGGUGACAGGUCAUUACAGUUGGUUAAGGAUCUGUGUGAGGCCACACAAAAGUUAAUGAAAGUAUCUCCUCUCUUCCAAGACCGGGUUGCCAUCAUCUCCCACCCGCAUGGGAGGAUGAAGUACAUAACCCUGGGACACUUGGGCCCUCGGGUGUCGCCUGACCGGCCAGAUGACCACUUCAUCUACACCGUGCCGACCUGUCGAGGCAGCAGUGGUGGCUUUGUCCUGCCUUUGGCUUUUUGGCACCUCCUUUCAUUGGCCACAGCUCACAGUUCUGCACUAUCUAGGAAUCGCGGCAAAAGUGCUGGGAGAUUUUCUUCUUGUUUUUAAUGGUGAAACAAAUCUAUACUCCUGUAGAUGUACAUGUAUGCAUUCACACACCUCUCGAUCAUAUACUACAUCCCCACACACAUCCCCACACACACACUCUCUCUCUCUCUCUCUCUCUCUCUCUCUCUCUCUCUCUCUCUCU